GCUGUAAUCGUGAUAAACCGCCUUGCAAAUAUUUUCAUCCUCCACAACAUUUGAAGGAUCAAUUAUUGAUAAAUGGCCGUAAUCAUCUUGCCUUGAAAAAUGCUUUAAUGCAACAAAUGGGUAUUGCGCCAGGACAGCCAGUUAUACCAGGACAAGUGCCAGCAGUGGCAACAAAUCCUUAUUUGACUGGCAUACCUGCUAACACAUACAGUCCAUAUUUUGCACCUGGUCAUUUAGUGCCUGCCUUAUUGGGACCCGAUCCAUCGGCCGUUGCAUCACAGCUGGGACCCGUUGUACCGCAAGCGGUGCAAGUGGCACAACAGAAAAUACCACGUUCCGACAGAUUAGAGGUUUGCCGUGAAUUUUUGCGCGGUGCUUGCAAACGUGCCGAAUCUGAAUGCCGUUUUGCACAUCCGCAGGACACUGUGGCCCGACACGAUGAUGGUUCCAUUACGGUGUGCAUGGACGCCGUAAAAGGUAGAUGCACACGUGAUCCCUGCCGCUAUUUUCAUCCCCCCUUGCACCUACAGGCACAAUUAAAAGCGGCGCAUUCACGCGCCACCGCUGUUGCUGCAGCCGCUGCGACUGCACCUGUUUCCGUUUCCGCUGCAACUUUGUCACAUCAUCACCACCACCAACAACAACAUCUGCAACAACAAUUACAACAACAACAUCAUCACCUACAACAACAACCACCACCACCAACUCAACAACAACAUCAAACGACUACCACCACCAAUACCCUCAACGGUUCUGCACUUAUGGCCACUCAUCAACAACAGUCACUACAACAACAACAUCAGCAGCCAACUAUGGCUAGUGCUGCAGCAGCAGCGGCUGCUGCCAAUGCUGCAGCUGUGGCUGCAAUGACUUUAGGCCAACAACAGCAACAACAACAACAACAGCAUACCCUUGAAGUGGGCAAGAAACGUGCUGCCGAUACAGACAUGUUUCAAUUGAUGGAUGUAAAAGCGGUUGGUUCAUUUUACUAUGAGAAUUUCGCUUACUCUGGCAUGGUACCAAUCAAACGUCCUGCUGCUGAAAAAUCUGGCAUUCCUGUGUAUCCCGGUGCAACAACAUACCAACAGUUAAUGCAAUUACAGCAGCCAUUUGUACCAGUCUCAUGUGAGUAUCCAACUCAAAAUAGCACAAGCUCUUCUACUACUACUGCUACUCCUACUACUACCCAUACCAAUAUUACUACCAAUUGUAAUACAACUACUACUACUACCAAUAUUAUCAAUUGUAAUUCUGCUGCUAAUGUUGCUAGUGCUGCUGCUGCUACAACAACAGCAACAACUUCGUCAGCAUUAUUAGGUCAACAACAACAGCUGUAUUUACAAACAUCCACACAAUCAUCAACAAAUGCCUUGUCCUCUCUGUCCUCCUCCUCCAAUUCCACAUCAUCCUCAAAUUCCGCAACUGGUUCGAAUGGCCAAACAUUAUUAAAUACCAAUAUUCCUCCACCACCACCACCCACACAACAACAACAAUCCCAAUCCUCAGACAGUAACAACAGCAACAACAACAACACCACCACACUUUUAAAUAACAAUAGUUGUAAUGAAAUGUCGACAACAACAACACCAACUACUGCUAGUAGUAGUACCGAUAGUAAUUUGUCCGUAAAUAAUGCUAGCAGUAAUGACAACAACAAUUUGAAUUCUAGUAGUAGUAAUGAAAAUAGCAACAACAACAACAGCAACUGUGAAAACAAUCACAACAACAAUAAUAGUAAUAAUAAUAAUUGUCUAUCGUAUGCUAAUAAUAAUUUAAAUAAUAGCACUAGUCUUAAGUUGAGUCCCCAUCCUGAUAAUAGCACAGAUGAAGCCUCGGCAGUAGCAUCAGCAGGAGAAACCGAUGCUACGGAAUCUUCGAAAAAUUCGGAGUCAUGUAAUGGUCAGAAUGACACGACUAGCAAUUCCUUAGAAAACUCCGAUUCAAAUGUGUCACCAUCUAAAACCGACUCCGCUGCUCCUGCUGCUGCCGAUGGCAAUUGCAACAGUAAUCGUAACACAGAGCAGCCAGAUAAUGAGGAUAACAAGUCCGAGGGCAUUACUAACACACCAACACAAGCUAACAAUACUCAUGUCUAUAUGAAUGGCAAUGCCAAAUCACCACCGUCCAACAAAGAGGCUCUUAAUGGCCAUCAUGAUUCUAAUUUGUCGCAUGUCGACCAAAGCACAGCUUCGGCUGCUAACAGUCAUGCCAAGACACCUUUACAAAAUGGCUAUGCCACCACCACAAACACCGCUUCGGGCCACACUUCGACAGGCAUUUUGCCGACACCUCCAUUGCCGGUCACCUCUUCGGUGGUUACCAAUGCCUAUCAGGCCCAACAGAAUAUGCAACGUUUGUAUCAACAAUCGUACAAUGCUGCCGUGGCAGCUGCCGCUACCUCCUCAGCCUCACCCUAUGGCUCGGUAAUGACCAGUUAUGCCAAUUCUUUGCCAGCAUCCACUGCGGCUACGGUCGCCCACUACACCUCACAAGCUAUCACAGUACCUUCGUACAGCACAGCCUAUGGCUACAGUGCUUAUCCCAGUGUCAGUAGCAGUGCCUCGGGUGGUGGCUAUUAUGCUGAUGCCGCCGCCCUGGCCAAGGAAGUGGCACAAAAGAAUUAUGCCAAUGCUGUGAAGGUGGCUAAUGCCAGUGCCACUUCGUUGACGGGUAAGCCACUUACGGCGGCCGCAGCCCCAGUGGCCUAUCCCAGUCUGACCUUCAACAAGGCCUUUAUGACGGGCCACAACACCGCCGUGCCACCACCCAAUAUGAUGGCUCAACAGGCGGCCAUUAUGCAGGCCCAUGCUGCCCAACAGCAAGCGGCUGCAGCAGCUGCCGCCGCGGCUCAAAUGCGCAGUCUUAGCGCCUUGCCCAAUUCAGGUUUAACCAGCCAGGUGGGAACACCUGUACAUGGUGCCAGCAAUGCUGCUGCCACACAAGCUGCCGCCUUGCUGCAACGGCCGGCAACGGCUGCCACAAGUUACAUGCAAGCUGCUGCAGCCGCUCAAAAUGCUGCCCUCAUGCGUGGUCAACCCAUGACCAUACAGGCAGCAGCUGCCGCCGCUCAAUCACAAUAUGCCGCCCAAACACAAUAUGCCGCCCAUGCUCAAUAUGCCGCUUUGCAACAACAGGCCCAGGCCCAUGCUCAGCAACAACAGCAGCAACAGGUCCAGGCCCAGCAUCAGCAGCAACAACAACAACAGGCAGCUUAUUUCUUUCCCGGCGGCAUGAUGCCGGGCUAUCAAUUUGCCUUGCCAACGGCGGCAACUGCCCUGCCAGCCGGUAUUGCCACACAUCCCUCCGCCGCUCAAUAUGCUGCAGCAGCUGCUGCGGUCACAGCCACUGCUCCCGGUGCAGCAAAUAGCGCCCUGGUCUUAAACCCCUUCAAGAAAAUGAAAACAUCCUAA